AUGGCGGCGGAUCCUAAGCCGGACUGGCUCUCCUGCCUCCCCUCUUCUUGGAGUUACGGCGUGACUCGGGAUGGACGCAUAUUCUUCAUCAACGAAGAAGCGAAGAGCACAACCUGGUUGCACCCCGUUACCGGAGAGGCUAUAACCACGGGGCACAGGACAACUCCAGAUUUACCAACAGGAUGGGAGGAAGGAUACACGUUCGAGGGCGCUCGCUGCUUCAUCAAUCACAAUGAGAGAAAGGUGACCUGUAAGCACCCGGUGUCCGGCGUCCCCUCCCAAGACAACUGCAUCUUUGUCGUAAAUGAACAGCCGGCUCCUCAGGCCUCCUCAGAGCAGAGCAGCAGCGGUGACCAGAAGGAGCGUCCCAUGAGCACCAUGAGCGAGGCGUCCAACUACACGGGCGGCUCCGACUACAGCACCUUCCCCGGCAGCCCGGCCACUGCUGUCUCUCCUGCCACCACCACCACCACCUCCACGUCAUCCACGCGGCCAUCUAGACCUUCCAAAAAAAUCCACAACUUUGGAAAGAGAUCAAACUCCAUCAGGAGGAACCCCAAUGCCCCGAUGGUCAUGAGCAACUGGCUUUACAAACAGGACAGCACAGGCAUGAAACUCUGGAAGAAGAGGUGGUUCGUUCUGUCCGAUAUGUGCCUCUUCUACUACCGCGACGACAAAGAAGAUAACAUCCUGGGAAGUAUCCUGCUGCCGAGCUUUCAUAUCUCCAUGUUGUCAGUGGAUGACCACAUCAGCAGGAAAUAUGCCUUCAAGGCCACUCACCCCAACAUGCGGACAUAUUAUUUCUGCUCUGACACGGCCAAAGAGAUGGAGUCCUGGAUGAAAGUCUUGACGGAUGCUGCUCUAGUCCACACUGAACCAGUCAGAAGACUGGACAAGUUAAAAGUGGAUCAGCGAACGCCUCAGGAGUCGAACAACUCACUGAACCACAGAGUCCUAACUCGGCCCGAGAUCCAGAACAACGAGCGCAACCGCGAGCCCACGCGGCAGCACUCCUCAACCCGAGUCGAUGACGGACGGCAAAAGGACCCGGAGAAACACGACGGCCAAAGAGAGCGCGAGUACUACACCUUCCAGAGAGACGGGGAGAGGUGCUCCCUGAAGAAAGACGGCGUGAGCUACACGGUUCAGCCGGACGGGGAGCGGUACCUCCUCCACAAAGACGGAGAGAGGUACACGCUGCGGAAAGACGGGGAGAAGUUCUCGCCGCAGAACGACGGAGAGGCGUACGCGGUCCGCAAGGACCUCGAGAAGUACGCCGUCCGGAACGCGGACGCAAAUUGCCGCGUGACCCCGACGGAGGAGAAAUACGCCCCGACGAAAGACGGCGAGAGGUACCUGCUGAAGAACGACGGGGAGAAAUACGAGCUGCAAAGAAUCGGAGAUCGGCACACGCUCCGGAGAGAAGGACUUAAAUACGUUCCCCAGAAAGAGGUGAGGAGGCAGCUGUCGCUGAGGGAGACCGAGCGGUACGGCGUCAUGAGGGAGACGGACGACAAAUACGGAACCGUGCACGUUGUGGAUAAAUACGGCACUCUGAGGGCGGUGAAGAAAUACAGCACGCUCCGAGAAGGGGACAAAUACGCCGCCCUCAGAGACGCGGGGAAGUACGCGACGGUCCGCGGGGAGAAGUACGGCUUCCAGAGAGAGCCGAGUGCAGAACGGCCUCUGACGAGAAUCAGCAGCAUCAAGCUGCAGCCGGCUCAGGCCGCCGCCAUCGCCGCCGCGGUGUCGGCGUCUCGCCAGGGCCAGGCCAACCGCGGCGUGCAAAGUCCCGCGCAGGUCAACGGCUCGGGGUUCCCGGCGGGGGAGCAGGCCGUCGACCGCAGCCCGGCAGAGGCGGAAAGCGGUCUGGCUGUGGGUCCAGGAAAGUGCCCUGCUUCAGUCCAGGAGCCGGAGAGAGGCCUGUCGAGAACAAACUCCAUGCAGCAGCUGGAGCACUGGGUCCGCACGCACAGGACGAGGGGACCGGACGACGACGCCGGGAGUGUAACGUCCUACCAGACCUUGCCCAGGAACAUGCCCAGCCACCGUGCUCAGAACGUGCCCCGUUACCCGGAGGGCUAUCGCACGCUGCCCCGCAACAGCAUGAUGAGGCCCGACAGCAUCUGCAGCGCGGCGGGCCUCUCCGCGUACGACCGGGCCCUCUGUCCCGCCUCCGGCGUCUCCUCGUCGGAGAAGAGGCGGUCGAUAAGGGACGACACCAUGUGGCAGCUGUUCGAGUGGCAGCAGAGGCAGGCCUUCUCAAGGCAAAGUCUGGCUCAGCCAACAGUGGGUCAUUACGGUACCCUUCCCAGCAGAAAGACCAUGGGUAACAUCUCGGAACACGCCGUGGCACGCUCCAUCCCCAGCUCGCCGUCUCACGGCUCCCUGGCACUCUAUAGCACCUUCUCCCCUCCUCGCCAGCAGGUCGCUCACAACCCCAACAGCUCCCACUCCGAGGUGACUUCUCCCAUCUUCAGGGAGGACGUGGCGCAGGACCACUGGCUCAGGACGCACAUCGCCAAGUCUCACCCCCCUCCCCCACAUUACGGCUACCAGGCUGACCGGCGAUCCAUCGCAGUCACGGUCCCUCCGCAGUCCAUCACCCCACAGUCCCUGCAAGGCAAGACGCCCGAGGAGCUGACUCUGCUCCUCAUCAAGCUCCGCCGACAGCAGGCGGAGCUCACCAGCCUUCGAGAACACACAGUAGCUCAGCUCAUGGCCCUGGGUUUGGAGGGGCCCAACGCUAAGACUGACGUUCUUUCUCAUCACCUGCAAAGGAACCUUAUUUACCUGGACAGCCAGACGAAAGACAAUGAGCCUCUAAUCUUCAUGAUUCACACUGUGAUCGAGAACUCGGCACCGAGGCCGCAACUCUAUCAGCAAACCAGUCCAGAGGACUUCACAGACAGCUCCGUCAUCCAAUGCAAAGAGGAGCCCGACAUCGACACCAAGCUGAGCAGACUGUGUGAGCAGGACCAGGCGGUGAGGAUGCAGGAGGAGAAACUUCAGCAGCUCCACAGAGAAAAGCACACCCUUGAGACAGCCCUGUUGUCGGCCAGCCAGGAGCUGAGUGAACAGAGCGGCGCCAACGCUGCAGCCACACAGAGUCUGGUCCAGCAGAGAGACGUGCUGCAGAACGGCCUCCUCAGCACCUGCAGGGAGCUGUCCAGAGUCUCCACUGAGUCGGAGCGUUCCUGGAGGGAGUACGACAGGAUGGGGGCAGAUGUCACUCUGGCCAAGUCCAACCUGCUGGAGCAGCUGGAGGCCCUGGGCAGCCCACAGACAGAACCUCCUAGCCAGCGGCACAUCCAGAUCCAGAAGGAGCUGUGGAGGAUCCAGGACGUGAUGGAGGCGCUGGCCAAGAAUAAGCCCCAGCGGAGCACAGACAGCACAGGUUUACCUGGUUCCAAACCGCUCUCCAGUCUACAGAAGGAUGAGCAAGCUCCAGACUACCGGCUUUAUAAGAGCGAGCCUGAGCUGACCACGGUGAAGGAGGAAGUGGACGAGGCCAACAGUGAAGACAAGGACAAGUCCGAGAGCCCUGCUGAGAGUAAGGACACAUCGAAGGACACUUCAGCUGCUAAAGGUAGCUCCAGACUGCCUCUCUAUCCAGUGGGCAUCAUUUCUCCCAGGACCAAAUCUCCCAUGAGCCCCCCAGAGUCCUCCACCAUUGCCUCCUACGUCACCAUGAGGAAGACCAAGAAGCCCGAAUCCAGAUGUGACCGCCCGAGGAGUUCGGUGGAUCAGACGGGGCUGGGGGAGAGAGAGGCGGGGCGAACGAGAAUGAGCGUGGAGGAGCAGCAGGAGAGGAUGAGGAGGAACCAGCAGGCCUCCUCACUCCGGGAGAAGAAGAGGGAAACGCCAUCCCGCUCGCCCUCCUUCAGCAAAGACAACCAUUUACUUAUCCAGCAGAGCCGGGUCCAGGCGGAGGGGGCGUGUGCAGACCCUGUGGAGCUGGAGGCGGCUCUGCAGCAACUGAAGGAGGCUCACAUGGAGGAGAGCAGGGCGGAUGCUGAGGCUGUAGAGACUCACACAGAACGUGCACCUCAGGAGGUGCAGCGUGAAAGGGACGCGACCCUGCAGAGUGUGAACGAGCCGCAGGCUGACCAUGAGCUGUGUGAGAGCCAGAGGGUCGUGAUUCUGGACCUGGGCACACAGCCUCGGCGUGUGGAGAUCAUCAACCUUCAGCCUUUUGAGGACGAAGAAAGCCGAGAGCAAGAUCUGACCAGCUCGCCCACAAACACCACCACUGAAAACAGCUUCCAGACUCCGGAGGCCGAGACGCCGAGCCCAGAGCCGAGGGACGAGGAACCGGACGUAACGCAGCGAACCGCCGGAGAGGAGAGGCUGGAGAAGAGGUUGGAUUCCUCCAAGCAGCUGACCACAGACGACAAGAAAGCCAAGAACAACAACAACAACAACAUGUUGGCUUCGCAGACAUUCGCCCUGGUGACCAGUGACACGUGAGCGACGCCGGCCUCGACAUCCACACUGGCAUCCCCUAAAUGUAGCCUGCCUGCACAGAGCAUGGGCCACGGACUACUUUGAUACUCCUGUUCCAUGCCCACUUAGAGGCUGAGACCGAGAGGAUGACAGCCCUGCUAGCGGACUUCACACAAACGGGCCGUCAUCACUUCCAGACAGAAAAUAAAAGCAGAUUAACUUUA